UGCAUUUUGUAGUAAAGGUAAAAACACAUCCUUGACGUCGGCAUUUUUCACGGAAAAGUGGCGCGGUGGUGUUUAUUUUUCAGUCUGUAUAAGGUGAUGGCCUCCCGCCAGGGCUUGUCGCUGUUCGUCGGAAACCUGCCGUGGACAGUGAGCACCCGCGAGCUGCGCUCCUACGUCUCCCAGUUUGGGCCCGUCGCCUGGGCACGUGUGGUCUUCGACCCCAAGACUGGUCUGAGCAAGGGCUAUGGCUUUGUGACCAUGAAGACCCGCGAGAGCUUCAACGCGUUCAUCAACAAACCGGGCCACGUCUUGGAGGGCUCCCAUCUAUCGGUCAGCGAACGGAAGGGCCCCGGCUCGGAAUAGGACGCGCUGAAUAGUAGGAAGUAGAAACAUAACCCGCUAGUGCGCGGUGCGUGUGAUAGUGCUGCCACCUGUGACCAUCUGUGAACUAUUAGUACGAUUUUCCAACGCUAGUCGCCGCCACCAUUAACCAUGGGCGACCUAGAAAAGGAGAUGAUCUCCGAAGCGUUCGACGACGCGGCGCGCUGCGUGGAGCUCCUCGCCUCUUCCGGUCGCCUGCCGGACGACGAUCUUCUCAGACUAUACGCGUGUUACAAGCAGGCCACCUGCGGCGAAUGUCGCGGCCAGAGACCGGGCCUGUUCAGCCUCUCCGCACGGCGCAAAUUCGACGCCUGGAAAUCCCUGGGCGAGAUGACGGAACUCGAGGCGAAGCGGCGCUAUGUGGAGAUCCUCACCGAGCUGCAGCCCAACUGGAUGUCUGGCGGGGACGCAGAAACCGUCGGCCAGCCGCGGGGACUUGGUAUUGCCGUCUCGACUCCAGUCCGCGCUGAGGAAGAUGGCGCCACGGUCGGCGAUGACGCGUCCCCUCUGGAUCUGGUAAAGGCGGGGAGGUGUGAUCUACUAUCCCAACGGACGACUUUCGACUGCGAGUCGGCUGACGGAGACGGUCUGCGUCUUCUUCACUGGGCUUCCGACCGAGGUCAUGUCGACAUAGUUCGUCUGCUGCUCACCAGAGGCGCCACUGUCGACUGCCGUGACGCGGACGGACAGACGCCGCUUCACUACGCGGCUAGCUGCGGGCACACUGAGGUCGCGAGCGUGCUCCUGGAGGCGGGGGCUGACCCGAAGGUGACCGACACGGACGGAGUGACGCCGGCGGAGGGGGCGGAGGGAGAGGUCAGGUCACUGCUGGACCAGGCGGGCAAAACGUGAGGUCAGGAUGAACCGUGAGGUCAGGGGUCACGUGAGGUCUGCUCGGCGGUGGACAGUUCCUCGGACAGUCGCUGUGUUCGUCGGAUUCAGCGGACUUGAUAUUGAAAUGGAAUGAACUUUUUGUUAGAUAUUCAAACAGGUCAGAUGCCCCUUUUGUUACAAACCUUUCUGAAGUAAAGUGAGCCACGUGAUGAAAGAUUGGUGUUUAUGAAUAAACUGCCAACACCAUUUCCAAUUGAUGUCACCAUUUGCUCGUCGUGAGUGUAAUUUGUAAGCGAGACUGGCAGAUUUGAAAUGAUUUCGUGUGCUGCCGUCAUCUCCAGUGUGAAUGUUGUUUUUGUUUGUGAUGUGUGUGCGCCAAUCAGAUGUGAUUCAAGCAAAUGGUGCCAUGUCUGAUGAUUGAAGGGGCAAUACAUGUUUGAAUUGAA